GAUGGGGACAGCAGAGUCUAAAGAAGGUCCUUUUUUUCGUAUUUCUUCCUGGCGAUUGGCGAAGUAUCCAUAAGAAACCCUUGCGGAGUGGAGACGAGAGCCCUCUUUUCCUCUUCAAGUUCAAGUAGAAGUAGAGCUUGAAGUAGAAGUCCUCCUCGCAAAGUCGUCUCCUUCUCUCUCUCUCUCUCUCUCUCUCUCUCUCUCUCUCCCCCCCCAAAAUCCACCAAUAUCCAGUUACUUAGUAAAGCAAAACCCUCGUUAAAUCCAUUUCCCACAUCCUUCUUAAAUUUAUCUUUGUUCUUUAUCACAAUGAGUGACUCGGCCGCAGAUGACUCCAAACACAUCGAGGAGCUCUACCUGUACGUCGAGCGUCUCAACGAGGCCACGGACAAGUCCCAGAAUGUGAAGGACUACCAGGGUAUCAUCGACACUGCCAAGUCCAGCAUCAAGGCCAAGCAAUUGGCCGCUCAGUUCAUCCCCAGGUUCUUCAAGUUCUUCCCCACUCUCUCGGGCCCCGCCAUCGACACGCAUCUCGAUUUGAUCGAAGAAGAAGAGCUCGGGGUACGGGUGCAAGCAAUUAGGGGACUUCCCCUUUUCUGCAAGGAUACACCAGAACAUAUUGCAAAGAUUGUAGACAUUCUUGUGCAACUCCUUGCAUCCGGAUGUGAAAGGUACCGUGCUUUAUCUUCUGGUUUGGUGAUGGUACCUGAGUGCAAGUUGUGCCAUGUAGGAGCUUCUUUGACGGCCUUAUUUAAGCAUAUUGGGAGUGUUGAUGAACCAAGUACGGAUGAAGUUAUUCGUGAGAAAGUUUUAACAUUUAUACGAGAUAAGGUUUUUCCCAUUAAGGCUGAACUGUUAAAGCCUCAGGAAGAAAUGGAAAGACAUAUAACUGAUUUGAUAAAAAAGAGUUUAGAAGAUGUAACCGGCGCAGAAUUCAGGAUGUUUAUGGACUUCUUAAAGAGUUUGAGCACUUUUGGAGAAAAAGCUCCCCCUGAACGCAUGAAAGAACUAAUUGGAAUCGUUGAAGGACAAGCUGAUUUAGAUGCACAGUUCAAUGUUUCGGAUGGGGACCAUAUUGACAGAUUAAUAUCAUGCUUGUACAUGGCUCUUCCACUUGUUGUGAGGGGUGCUUCAAGCAGCAAGUUUCUCAAUUAUUUGAACAAACACAUUAUACCUGUAUUUGAUAAGCUUCCGGAGGAGCGAAAGCUAGAUAUGCUCAAAGCCCUUGCAGAAAUUUCUCCUUAUACAACCCCACAAGAUUCUCGUCAGAUUCUUCCUAAUGUUGUUCAGCUAUUAAAGAAGUACAUGCCCUGGAGGAAGACAGGGGAAGAGAUGAACUUUACUUAUGUUGAGUGCUUGCUGUACACAUUUCACCAUCUAGCUCACAAGGUUCCCAAUGCCACUAACAGUCUAUGUGGUUACAAGAUAGUGACUGGCCAACCAUCAGAUAGGCUUGGGGAGGACUUCUCAGAGUUAUAUAAGGAGUUCACUGAAAGAUUGAGUAAUGUCGAGGAGUUAACCAGGGCUACCAUGAAGAAAUUAACUCAGGGGAUGGCUGAGCACAACAAAGCCAUGGCUGCUGCCAAAUCUGAUGAAGCAAAGGAAGGCAUUAAAACUCAAAAGCAGAAUACUACAACUGGGUUGCGAACCUGUAACAACAUUUUGGCAAUGACAAAGCCGUUGCAUUCAAAAACACCUUCAUUUACUGGAGAUAAAAGCAUCAACCUGUCUUGGAAAGAAGCAACAAAACCUUCUAUUCCCACUGCCACAGCUACAACUGGAGGAAAACGGCCUGCUAAUGCUACUAAUGUAUCCAGCAAUGUUACAUCCAAAAAGGGCCGUGGAGGUGGUGGUUUACCAAACCAGCUUGUUAACAGAGCAUUAGAAGGUUUGUCUCAUGGUGGGAGAGGAGGGCCUAGGGGCAGAGGCAGGGGGUGGGCUGGACGUGGAAGAGGAAGAGGCUACCGGUAGCCUAGUUGCUUACUGGACGUGAAUUCACAAAUUCAACGUCCACCGGGAAGUAUACGACUAGAAGCCAUUUGUUUAUUCUUGUUCUCUGUUGGAGCUAGAUUUGAUUCGUAGAGGAAGCUGAGUUCUAGAGACUUGUUUGUGGUCUAACACUAGGAAUCAUUCUGGUCUGGAGCUUAUCCAGUAGCUUUUAGUGCCUCGAGAAGUUAUUAAUCAUUUCUAGUUCAACUGAUGAAAGCAGCAGCUGGGAUUUUAUGGAGUCUGUGCAUGCCUGUCACUCCGUGUAUGCAUAUGAUAACUUACAUUCCGAGAAAUGAUUUUACAAUUCUGAAAAUUUGUAGAAUAUAAAUUGUUUGGUUGAAUGAGAACUUGAGAAAACUGAUACUGUUC